UCGGACCCAUUUCCUUUGCGCAAAGUUUCUCUCCACAAACAAAAAGCCUUUCGUUCUCUUUUUCCCUCCUCUUUUCAUUUUCCCGAUACUACUUGAAAAUUUUUUUCCGGCGAACUAGUUCGGAAUGGAGAAACCAGCUCCAAAUUCCAACUCCAAUUCACAUUCCGGCCUCCAAUACUACCAGAAGAGUCACCGGAAGCAGAGCAGCCAUGUCUCCAUGUCCGAUAACGACUCAACAGCUAGUCCGAUCGACUUAUUCCACUCGCCCUUACGCUACGAAGAACAGUUGCAGGAAUCGAACUCCAAGUCGCCUACCUCUAAGGCCAUUAUCGCCGUCGACAAGUUCUACUCCCCUCAACGAUCCCCGAGCAAGCCGUCGUCGUCGGAGCAGCUCAGCUCGGCGCCGAAACCGCCGCCGCCUCCGCCGCAGCUCGAGCACCGCUCUUCCUCUAAGGUUUACCGCAACCGAUCGUCCGUGGAGGAAGCGAUCACCAGGGUGGAGCGCGUCGGCCGCCGCGCUGACGUGGAGGAGGGCGAGGUUGAAGGUGAGUGGAAAUCCGAGUCGUCCGCCGAUUCCACACCGCGGCAUGUCAGGGUUAGUAAAGCGGCGUUAGGAUUUAGGGUUUGCGAGGUCAUAUUUUGCUUGAUUUCCUUCUCUGUCAUGGCUGCUGAUAAAACUCAAGGCUGGAGUGGCGACUCUUGGGAUCGAUACAAAGAGUACAGGUAUUGCCUAGCAUUGAAUGUCGUCGGAUUUGUAUAUUCUGGAUUUCAAGGGUUUAAUUUAUCCUACCUGUUGGCCACAAACUCCAGCUCUUCUGGUCUGCGUCAUCAGUUCAAUUUUGUUAUGGAUCAGAUUUUGGCAUACCUUUUGAUGUCAGCAUCAUCAUCUGCUGCAACCAGGGUAGAUGACUGGAUAUCAAACUGGGGAAAAGAUGACUUCACACAAAUGGCGAGCGCAUCGAUUGCGAUGUCAUUCCUGGCUUUUGUUGCCUUUGCCUUCAGCUCUCUUGCAUCCGGUUACUGCCUCUGUAACCGCAACACUUCUUGAUCUUUGAAUCAAUCGCCAUCCAUAUUAUACUCGAGUGUUUUCAAGAAACCGCUGCAAAUUCUUACUAGCCCCUAGCACAUUCUGAGGUUGUAUAGAUGUAACAGGAUAAGAAUAACAUUUUCCCUAUAUCAAAAAGCUCCCCCUUUGAAUAUUCUCA